GAAAGGCGGCCUGUGGCCUCCGGGCGUGAAGGAGGGGUGGAAAUGGCGUGUUAAUGAACGUGGGUGUGCCCUCCAAAGGAGGGGUGCCGGCCCUGGCCCUCGACCGGGUCUCCCCGGUGUCGGGCGGGGUGGCGGCCGAAGCGGCUCGGGCCCUGUCCUCCCCUUACGUGGGGCUGUGGCUGUGCUCCCUCCUCAGUGCCAGGAAGAGCAGAGGCCAGCAAGAGUCGCGGCGGCGGUGGCUGAAGGCAGCGCUCCUCCUCUCCUCUGCUGCCGUCGGUGGCUUCCUGAGCUGGAGCUACCUGAGCGCCGAGGAUGGGGUCACAGAGGUGCUGGCUCAUCGCGGUGAGAGCCUGCGGGACAAGUUCAUCGAGAUCCCCUGCUCUGAGGACUAUGACAGCCACAAAAGAUUUGAAGGGUGCACUCCUAGAAAGUGUGGAAGAGGUGUAACCGAUGCAGUAAUCACAAGGGAAGAAGCUGAAAGAAUCCGUAGAAUAGCAGAGAGGGGACUGUCCUUGGGAGGAUCUGAUGGAGGGGCAUCGAUUCUGGACUUGCACUCUGGAGCUCUUUCACUGGGGAAGCAUUUUGUUAAUCUGUACAGGUACUUUGGGGACAAAAUUCAAGACAUCUUCACAGAAGAGGAUUUUGCAUUAUAUCAUGAUGUGAGACAGAGAAUUCAACAAAGGAUUGCUCAGGCAUUUGGUAUCAGCUCUGCUUCCAUGUACCUGACUAAGCCAACGUUCUUCUCAAAAAUAAACAACACAGAAGCCAAGACAACACAUGAUGAAUACUGGCACCCACAUGUUGACAAGGUAACUUAUGGCUCUUUUGACUACACGUCACUGCUUUAUCUCUCUGACUACACUGAAGACUUUGGCGGUGGACGGUUUGUCUUCAUAGAUGCAGGUUCCAACAAGACGAUAGAGCCCCGAGCAGGCCGGGUUUCCUUUUUCACCUCUGGAUCGGAGAACCUUCAUCGGGUGGAAAAGGUUCACUGGGGCACUCGCUAUGCCAUCACCAUUUCCUUCACUUGCAACCCAGACCAUGGCAUUGGGGAUCCAGUCUUGAUGUAAUUCCUCUGGGGAUGGAACAUGAGGUCAAAUGAAUUGAGAGAAGCCCUGCAAGAAGAGAGGAAAGAGGAAGAUAACAUCUCUUAUAACCUCACAUUCAAUUAGGAUUUCCCAGCUGUGUUAAUAUAUUGUAAUACACCUGUUUUCACAUGUCCUUUUCCAUAAAUGUUGCAAACAGUGCCUUAAAGACCAUCUUAAAUUUGGUGUAUUCUGAAAAUGGUUUGUCUUCCUAUCCUAAAGGGAUAAUCUACAAAGAAGAGUCCUGUUGUGGGCUCUUUCUUUUUAUUAUUUAUUUUAAAAAUUCUCCAGUUUGAGACACAAACAUUCUUUUGGACCAUGUCUCGAUAUGACCACCCAUGCUGCUGUUACCUGUUGUUUAAUGAUUUAGUCUUGUCAGUUACUAAUGGGAUGUAGAAAGCUUGACCUAAAUUAAUAGAGCAAGAUGAGUGUUAUUCUUCUGAACAUGCCUUCUGUUGAGGAAUGUGUUCUCCUUAGCAUGGGCGUUAGUGGGCAAUACAUCUGUGGCUUGACUACUGGAACUUACUUGAAUUUUUUUUUUUUAUUGAAUGACUACAGAUACUGUCUGCUACAAACUGGGACUAGUUAAUACUUCAGAAAUACAGUUCUCUGGUUAGCCAGAAAACAUACCGCUUUUGGGAUUACAAAUGCUUUGGUGUGCUAGGGAAUGUCGUGGCAUUAGAUCCCUCUGAUCAGAACGCAGCAUUCCCAACUCACUUCAUUUUCUUUCAGUCAUAAUGGACAUGAUCGGUCUUCCUGUUGGAAUCCCAGCGUUAAGGUUGUUAAGAGCUCUUUACGGGGACAGCUUGACCAUGUAACCCUGUACUAAAAAGGAGAGCUGGGCAGAGGUAAUCGGACAGUCCUCUGGAUUCAGCUGAGCAUUCAUUGAUACCUAAUUCCCAGGUAUGACAGUAGGAUUUGGGAGGGAAAGAACUGAGAAAAAUGCUAGUUUUGUUGUGGUUUUCCAUAUGCCAGUUCUGGCCUCCUUAGACUCAAUCCUGUAAACUUUGGCUUGCUGUUGGAAGGCUGGCUAACAAAACCACAUGGACCUGUGGACUGUGGUAUGUGGGGUCCGAGGGGAAACUGGUGUCCACCUGCAUUUCAAAUUGAUAUAGUCUUGAGCUGGAGCUCGAUGAUCAUAAACCACUUUUAGGCUCAAUAAAUACAUGUUUUCAAUGUAAUCUUAAGACCAAGUUGAAGUAAGCUUGGUUUCUUAUUGUUGAUGCAACUACAAAUCUUGUGUUGUGAAAUGCUGUGUUUUAUCUUGUCCAAAACAAUGUUUUAGCUGUUUCAGAAAGUUUCUCAAUAGCUCCUUUUGGACUUUUCUUCAGUUUAGUAUGAAGACUUUUUCUAUUAACUAGGACCAUUAGUCUGUGGUGUUCCUUGAGUAAUAAACUGCAAGGACUUCAGAGAAGAGGGGAUGAUUGCAUUGUAGUACAGAUAAGGUAACAAACAAGUGCAUAACCUUGCCAACUACCUUGCUUAUUACAAUCAAAGAUUUUUGUGGGUCAGCGCAUUGGUAAGUAAAUGGUAGGAAAACCUAAUUUUUUUCUCAAUCAAAUUCUGAAGCAAAUGUUGAUUUGUUUUAUUAAGUCUAUAUAAUUUCUGUGAGACGCUUUGAAAAUCUAGAAAUACCCUUUGAUUAUUUUUUUUUAUGCAUACAGUUUUCACUUUUGUUUUAAUCUACCCUUUUAUGCAAAGAAUAAGUAUUGGGGGGGAUUACAGUGAAGAUCAACAUAAAGAGGAAUGAUAACAGGACACUUGGAGUUGUUCUAUUGUCUCUCUUGUCAUUUGGCACACCAGCAAGAUCAGUCUUCUGUAAUUUCAUUUCAUGUCUAUGCUAACAAGGAAGAAUUGUUAAAAUGGCUGGGUGCUAGGAAAUAAUAAAGUCAGUUGGAUUCUAUAUCUAAAUACUUGUCUUGAAGCCUGUUAAUUCCAAGAAAUUUGCAUUUUACCUAAGUUGUAAGGCGAUGUGAGGGCAGACCAAGAUCAUCAGCAACUGCUUUACUGGCUUAAAACUUGAUUCUGAACAUUACCUUGAGAUUUGAAUGUACAGCCUUGUCCACAGAAAUACCUGAUAGCAGUGGGAUCUAAAUAUGAAUGGACCUGUGUGGAUUUGGGUUGGGAUUCUCCAGGUUGAGGGUCCUAUGUUCCAAAACUCAACUUCACUGUAAGUCCUAUUGUUGCUCUGCAAUGCUGUCAUGUUAAAUUGCUUUGCUGCUUUUAACAGUGUUGGUUGGUUACUUCUGUCUGUCAUGCAGGUUUUGAGUUGCACUAAAUGAAAAUGGCACUUUCAGAGCUGCCCUCCUCAAUACAAAUACUGUUCAACGAGGUUGUGUUAGGCCAUGGAGGAAAUCUCGGCUCAUCUCCUCUCAGAUUUUCAUCUUUCAAAGAUGCUGUGUAUUGUAGAUCUCCUGAACGCUCCGCACCUCUCAUGCUAGGAAUUGACUGUCAUUCAGAAAUAAAAUCAAGUUGGUAUUUGUCUUUUUGAGUGUUUAAGCUUCAGUAAUGUGUUCAAUAUGAUGACCAAACCUGUCAAAUAUAAUUUGUGGAGAAACAUGUGCACUGUACCUGGUAAGAGAAUUCAUCUUUUGAAAGUAGUAUAAUAAUUUAAUAUACUUGAUGUUUCAGUACCAACCAAGGUUUUUCUAUCUGAAGCUUCAGUAUCUGGACUACUAAAAGCAAUAUCUAGAUCUAUGAAGAAAUUAAAUAGCAAAGGAGGAAGAUUCUGAACACAGCCUUCAGCAGGAUAAUUGCAGAAAGGCUGAUGUUCCUGGGGCAGAGUGGGAUUUACAGAAUUCGCUGAUGACUACAAAUAAAUUUGGCUUAAAUUUAUUUUAGUCCACUUAAAUAACCUGAAUAACUUUUUAUUAAGGGUUCUCUCUUCCCGGUUCUUGACAGAGAAUUCUGAAUUUGAAAUACCUUAAUUACUGUCUGUCCUCUUUCAGGUUCAGCCUGUCUGUUGCUACUGGGAAAUGCAGUGCUCUGUUUCUUAGUGCUCUGAUUAUGCUGAGGACGGAAUUAGUUUUGUUAAACGAGCAUAAAUCUGAUGACAAGCUGCUGCAGACGAGUGCUCUUAAUUGAACACAAGGUGAAGGCAGAAUUUGGCUUGAUGUUUCCCAGUUGCAGUGAUUUAGUCCCUUUGUAAAGAGCCCUUGUGGUUCAAACAAAGUGAAGAAAGGUCACUCCAUGUUCCAUGUAAACUGGGGCUACGUCCUGCCGUUAAAUUUACAGCCUUGUACCUGAAAGCGUACUUGUUACAAGUAUUUGGGAAUGUUGAUUUGUAUUUUGAAAGAAGAAUAUUUGGAAGGGAAGGUAAAGCCUGCUUGUGUGAAAAGUCCCAGGGUGAUAUAGGAAAUACAGCAGGAGAGCAAGCCAGAGUUUGAAUCCCUACUAUGAGAUCGAGUGAUGCUUCCUGAGGACUUCUGUGAAAUUGUAUGACUUAAAAAACUGUCUUUCCAUUCAGAGGAUUUGGGGAAUAUCAAGAACUUGUAUAAAAUUAACAGGUAUGUGAUCAGAUUAAGUUUUUAGUGUAAACUGAGCUUUCAAUCCUGUAGCAUGCAUUUAAUUUUAUUUUUUUAUCCCCUAUGACAUCAUCCUAGGAACUCUUGAAUGGACUUUUUGGCAUUUCUCAUGUAUAAAAUUUCAUUGUGUAAGCAGUUGUGGAAUAAUUGUGUUUUAAUUCCCCAUAAAUCCAACUGAAGGUUGGAAAGAUAAAUCAAUACUGAGAUUUUCCUGAAUAUGUAGUGCCUGUGCAAAAUAAUCUAAGCUCCACCUUAAUGAAUUUCCAGUCCAGAAAUGUUUACCAGGAUACUCUAUUUACAAAAAUAUUUUAAUUUGGAUUUAUAGCAGAAAUUUAGCUUCAUGUCUUUUAUUUAUAAGGUCAAAAUCUCAACAGGGUACUUUCUGAGGCUGUAAUGCAUAAAGAUGCCCAUGUUAAAAUAAAAGGGUAGCUGAAAUGGCAUUGAUAACGACUGCUGUCAAGAAAAUCUGGUUUUGUUUCGUCUUCAAUUGCAAUUCUUAUACAUUUGAAUUUCUCCUUUAUAGUUUUCCCUUUU